GGUAUUUCGUCGCGUGACGCCGUGGCGUGUACGCAUCGAUCCACGACGACGAGGACGGUGGUAGCGGGGCACGCGGGGUAGGCGCAACCACGUCCGAAAAUCAAUCCCGUGUUCACGCGUGUACAUCUACGUACGUAUUCGCGCGGACGAGGACGAGACGAGGAAAGUAAUCGGCGCGGCUGCUCUCCUUCUCGGGGAGGCGAGAAAGGCGGUGACGUUGACGUCGGAACCGACCGCGAUGCUGAAGAAAUUCCUCGGCAAAUCAGGCCGUAGGAUCCUGCGGGCGAUCAAAAAGCUGUCCACCAGGAGUCGUAAGGCCAAAAAAUCGCGCAAUCCUAGUUCCUGGCACACGGCCAUUCCAGACCUCGAGACGACCUCGCUCUCGUGGUCCCUGCCAUCCUUAGACGCCAAGAGUAUCGACACUUAUAUGACGUACGUCGCCGAGAAUCAGGAGGACUGCACGUCGAGUUGUUGCUGCUGCGAUGAGUACGAGGAGAACCAGAAGAACGAGAACAGAGAGAACGAGAUGAUAAUCUAACAUCCGUGUCUAUAAGCGACACGUAUCGCUCGCUCGUUUGUCUCAUUAUCAAAUUCUUCGGCAAUCGCGUGCCGUCCAAAAGGGUGGCAAAGAAUCGCGGACAUUCGAUUCUUAACGAUAUUUAACCCUUAACCGGUGAGUAUGUCGAGUAUGUCUUUUUUUUUUUUUGACAAUAUUUUUGUUAAUGCAAUAGCGAAACCAAAGAAUAUGCUCGUGGAGAACAUAUAAUCGAUUAAGGGUUAAUCACGAUCCAUCCGUAAUCCGUUCCACGACCAGGGAGCGUUUUACGCUCUCUUUUAUUUUUUGAAAUGUAUCAUAUCGUCGAGAUGACAGAAGAUGAUGGAAGAUAGAGAGAGAGAGAGAGAAGUUCUAGAUCUUGGAUUAUUAUAAUUAUCGUAUCAGACGAUUUUUCAGCGUAUUGUCGUGAGAUAAGAAUGCAAAGAAGAGGUGAUGCUCUUAUUUCCAAUUCGUCUUCCAAGUCUAGAUUUAUCGAUUUAUUUUAUAGUUUGCGUUUCGACGUUUGCAAUCAUAUCGAUCUCAUUUAGCCACGUGACUUCACCGAUGAUAGAUGCAUUAUUUAUUUAUUGCCAUACUCAUUACAAUUACAAUAGUUCAAGUAUGAUUGCGCAAAUGCGGUUAUACGUUAAUAAUUAAAUUAGUUGUUGGUUUAAUUUAUUCAGUUCAAUGAUAAUUUUUUUCAUCACAUUUUUCCAUGUAAGGAAAGCGCGACGUUUCUUCUCUUCGCGCGUCAUCGACUCUUUUAAUAUAGAGAAUAGCAAUAUGUGACGUAGUACAAAAAAAUAUAUAUCGCCUAGCGUGUCAUCAAUCACGGAAGAAUGACGUUCGAAAUAUAAAAGAACUUUUCCACUUAUCAUGUGAUUUUAUCACAUCGAGUCUAACUCGCAAAUUUCGCAAGAUAUACUUUUUUGAUAUUAUACAUCGUUUCAGGAAAUCAAUAAUUUACUUUUGCGCGAGACGCUCGAAAAUUACACCAAAGCCGUACGUGACAGAGCCUCCCGCUAUGUCCAAAUAAUUCAUUUAUCGUAAGAAAAGAGAUUUCGCAGAAAAUUAAUUUUUAAUCAUUAGAAUAAUAAUUAUAAAUUAAAAUUAUAAUAAAGAAGAUUAAAUUAUUUACUUUUUUACUUAAAUUAUACGUGCACUCGCAUCUUCCCGAGGCAGCCGGAUAUCGAUGGAAAACUUGAUCAUCAAUCUCACUCUAAUUUCCUCCGCUAGUUAUCAGUGAGAGGGAAUCCGACUUUAAUAACUCGAUGUCGUCGUCACGCUGAUCGUCCUAGGUGUUCAAUAUUUCACGCGUUCAUGGUGCGUCCGUUAGAUUAUAGUUAGUCAAUACAACUGUCCUCGAUACAGGUAAACUCAUUAUAUUUUUAUCCCGAGGAACGGACAUUGUAUAUUUCGCGAGAGGCAAACAGCAUUAAAAAAAAAUGUACUUAAAUGAACGGAUUUUCUCUUUUCUAUGAUUUCGUUUCAAUUCUAUUCGACAAACUUGAGUUACCGGGUAUCGAGGAUGUUUACGCAAUAAAUCGCACCGGCCUGAUCACCCGAACCGGAUGUUUUCUAUUUCCGAUCUAUUUCCCGCACCUUUGCUCAAAAUGCAAAGUCAAUCCUUAUUGAAGCGUAGUUAUAAUUUUUAUUCUUCCUAUGGAUCGAUUUGUAAGAGGAGAAGAGAAGAGCUUUAAUGACUUAUAUCUAUGUAUAGAUGCAGAAUUUAUAUAUGUAUAUAUGAAAUAAAAGAAACAAGAUAUAUAUGUAUAUAUGGAUGUGUACGUAGGUGUAUGUACGCGAUGUGUGUUGAUAUAUACUUUACCGUAAGAGCGUUUCCGAUAAGGCUGUGACUUUGUAAUGGAUAUGUGAGUGUCAUGAAUAAAAUGGUUUUAUUGACGA